AUGAACAACACUUUCCUAAACAUGGCGUCGAUAGGAGACUUCGACCCGCUCAACGCGUCCAUUCCGGCCACCAAAGUUGAAAUCACGGUGUCCUGCAGAAACCUACUGGACAGAGACACCUUCUCCAAAUCAGACCCAAUUUGUGUUCUCUACACACAAGGAAUGGGCAACAGGGAGUGGAGAGAGUUUGGGAGAACGGAAGUGAUUGACAACACGCUAAACCCGGACUUUGUGCGGAAAUUUAUUUUGGACUACUUCUUCGAAGAGCGGCAGAACCUCAGAUUUGACUUGUACGAUGUCGACUCCAAGAGCGCCAACCUGUCCAAACACGAUUUCCUCGGCCAGGCCUACUGCACUCUGGGAGAGGUGGUCGGAUCGCUGGGCAGUCGCUUGGAAAAAGCUCUCGGGGGCAUCCCGGGGAAGAAGUGCGGGACGGUGAUCGUGAAGGCCGAGGAGCUGAACAACUGCAGGGAAUCGGUGAUGAUGCAAUUCUGCGGAAACAAGCUGGACAAGAAGGACUUCUUCGGCAAGUCCGACCCCUUCCUGGUCUUCUACCGGAGCAACGAGGACGGCACGUUCACCAUCUGCCACAAGACCGAGGUGGUGAAGAACACGUUGAACCCCGUGUGGCAGGCCUUCAAGAUCCCCGUCCGGGCCCUUUGCAACGGCGACUACGACAGAACGAUCAAGGUUGAAGUGUACGACUGGGACAGAGACGGCAGUCAUGACUUUAUCGGAGAGUUUAGCACCAGCUACAGAGAAUUAUCCAGAGGACAGAGCCAGUUCAACGUCUACGAGGUGGUAAAUCCAAAGAAGAAAGGGAAGAAGAAAAAAUACCUCAACUCUGGAACGGUGACGCUGCUGUCCUUCCUGGUGGACAUCGAAGUCACCUUCCUGGACUACAUCAAAGGCGGGACCCAGAUUAACUUCACCGUGGCGAUCGACUUCACGGCUUCCAACGGCCAUCCUGCUCAGCCCACCUCGCUCCACUACAUGAGUCCCUACCAGCUCAACACCUACGCCAUGGCCCUGAAGGCAGUGGGAGAAAUCAUCCAGGACUACGACAGCGAUAAGAUGUUCCCCGCGCUGGGCUUCGGGGCCAAACUGCCGCCUGAUGGACGAGUUUCCCACGAGUUUGCUUUGAACGGGAACCCUCAGAACCCAUACUGUACGGGUAUUGAGGGCGUAAUGGAAGCCUACUACCAGAGUCUGAAGUCGGUUCAACUGUACGGACCCACAAACUUCUCCCCCGUCAUCAACCACGUGGCCAGGUAUGCAGCUUCAGUGAGCGACGGCUCGCAGUACUUCGUGCUCCUCAUCAUCACGGACGGCGUCAUCUCAGACAUGGCCCAGACCAAGGAGUCUAUCGUCAACGCCUCCUGUCUGCCGAUGUCAAUCAUCAUUGUGGGGGUAGGGCCUGCAGAGUUCGAUGCCAUGGUUGAGUUGGAUGGUGAUGAAGUCAGAAUCUCGUCCAGAGGAAGAUACGCCGAGAGGGACAUUGUUCAGUUUGUCCCAUUCAGGGACUACAUCGACCGGACGGGGAACCACGUCCUGAGCAUGGCCCGGCUCGCCAAAGACGUCCUGGCCGAGAUCCCCGACCAGUUCCUCUCCUACAUGCGGACCCGCGGGAUAAAGCCUUCGCCGGCGCCGCCUCCCUACACGCCACCUGGUCAGCCUCUCCAAACCCAGAUCUAAGGAGCAAGGAGGAAAAAAAAGAAAUAGUGUUCGGAGUCUGGGGGGGGGGUUCGCUGAACAUUUACGCGCGAAAUACUUCCAUUUCCUUAAAGCCGCUCUCCAUGCCUUGUCGUCGUGGAUACACAGUGGUCUUUCUCGUGUUCAGGAAGCUGCAUGUCGGGCCGGGAGAGUGGCGCUUUGGAGGGCCGGAAAAGCCAAUGAGAGUCUGUUUACUUCCACUGUCAAGCAUUCCUGUUAUCGUCUGGAUUUUUAUUUUAAUUAGUUUUUUUUCUUGCCUGGGAAGCCUGGAGAGAGUUUUUGGGGGGAGUCAAGCUGUGAAGAAAACGACGUGAAGCACCGGGAAAAGAGAAUGUCUCCAGACAAACAAAGGAAUCACUUGAUCCUAAACGAACUCAAACGUUCUGCUGUAAAUAACCGGACUCUUCUUUCUCUGUCUCUUUUCUCUCUCUCCAACUCACUCACUGUUUACAGUAAAUGCUAACAAGGAUUUUUACUGUUGAUACUUUUAUAUUCACACAGUUUCAGUAUGAAGCUUGUAAUACUCUCUCUCUCUCUCUCUCUCUCUCUCUCCUGGCAUGUGUGUCAGGUAGCAGCAGUGCAGGUCCUGGUAGCCCUUCUGUACCGUACCGUACCGUGCUGUACCGUACUGUACUGUAUUCUAGUGUUUGUAUUAACCUUUUUGCAUGAGUGUAGCCUCAGUCAAGUGCAUGCAUAUAGUGGCCCUGCACUACCUCUUCUACAUAUGUCUGUCUGUAGGGGGUGAGUAUCUGUCUGCCUGUGUCUCCAUUUGUCUGUCUGUCCGUCUCCCUUUUAGAGCUUAUCUCCACGUCUGUCUGUCUUUCUGUUUCUUUACCUUUCUUUUGUGCCUUAGCUGUGUUUCCAUCCAACUUUAUAUUUUAGUUGAGAGUUACAGCUGAAUUGAAAUUGCAUUAUUUUAGGGUUUGAUUACAGAAUGUGAUGAUAAAUUUCCUCAAUCUCGUAAAUAAUUCAGCUUCACUGCAAAAGGAUUUUUGAGAUGCAAAAUCAACAAACAUAUUUAAUAUGCUUAGCACUACAUUAUUCCCCAAUGUGUUUGUAGAUUUGUG